AUGGAAAGCACUCCGGUUGAAAUUUUCAAAGAAGACAAUAAGUGCUUCUCCGCGCUGUUGGAAGACUGUCCGGUGAAUUCUUCAGCCUGGGUGUCCGGAUACUCCGAGAGCCGCAAUAUGACCCACGAUGAUAGCUGGGAGGCGGAGGGCAUGUCUCCCAUCAUCCCCAUCAUCACUGCAGUCUACUCCGUGGUGUUUGUGGUUGGCUUGUUGGGCAACUGCCUCGUCAUGUAUGUGAUUAUCAGGUACACAAAGAUGAAGACAGCCACCAACAUUUACAUUUUCAACUUAGCCCUCGCUGAUGCCCUUGUCACCACCACAAUGCCUUUCCAGAGCACGGACUACCUGUUGAAUACCUGGCCCUUUGGUGAGGUGGUCUGCAAGGUCUUCAUCUCCAUCGACUACUACAACAUGUUCAUUAGUAUCUUCACCCUCACCAUGAUGAGUGUGGAUCGCUAUGUGGCUGUGUGCCACCCGGUGAAAGCCCUGGACUUCCGCACUCCAAUCAAAGCCAAGAUGAUCAACGUGUGCAUCUGGAUCCUGUCCUCAGCUGCAGGGAUACCUGCUUUUAUCCUGGGUGGCACUCAGACGAAGAGUGACAUAACUGAAUGUGCCUUACAGUUCCCAGAGCCAUACGUUUACUGGGACACACUGAUGAAGAUAUGUGUGUUUGUCUUUGCCUUCGUCGUGCCUGUGCUCAUCAUCACCGUGUGCUACUCUCUCAUGGUCCUGAGGCUGAAGAGCGUCCGAAUGUUGUCCGGUACGCGGGAAAAAGACCGCAACCUGCGGCGGAUCACGCGGCUGGUGGUGGUCGUGGUCGCUGUGUUUGUAGUCUGCUGGACUCCCAUUCACAUUUUUAUCCUGGUCAAGGCACUUGUGAGCGUACCUGAAACCACCGCCAUCAUGGCCGCCUACUUCUUCUGCGUGGCUCUGGGCUACACAAACAGUAGCCUGAACCCUGUCCUGUAUGCCUUUCUGGAUGAGAACUUCAAACGCUGCUUCAAAGACUUCUGCCUCACGGCCGAACUGAAUGGGGAGAAGGUGUCAGGAAGCAAGAAGAACCCCAGCAGUGUGCGUGAGGCCGCUGUUGCCCUGGAGAAUUCAGAUGGGACUAGAAAGCCGACAUGACUAGCAGUGGAACUGUCUUCAAUUUCCCACAUUGGAAAAGAAGACUCACAUGACCUGGGCCUAACCCACGUCACAUCUGCAAUGUAGUUUUGACUCUAUUGCAGAAUUCAUUUGUAUUAUCACUUGGGGUUUAAUCAGUGCCACCAUUUAUA